AUGUCUGUGGACAAUCACGAUGUCGACCCGGCAUGGCCACCCGGAACCGUGAGGCUUGAGGACAUUUCUCCUUCGACCGAAGGAGCGGAAGUGAUCCUGGAGCCAAAGCCAACCAGCGAUCCCAAUGAUCCGUUGAACUGGCCACAAUGGAGGAAAUAUGUAAACUUUGGUUUCGUUUCUUACUAUGUUAUGAUGGUACUCGCGCUAAUCGAUGUUGCGACCGUCACAUGGAGUCCAGUAAACGCCGAGUUGGGCUUCAGCUUCGCCUUGCUAAAUGACAGUUACGCUGCAGGAUGUGGAGCGCUCUGCAUCGGAGCCGUGAUACUUGUUCCCUUCGCUCUCAAGUUCGGACGAAGACCCAUAUACGUUCUCAGCACUGCUGCCCAGUGUGGUAUCAGUAUUUGGUCUGCCCGUAUGCAAAAUGUGGCAGACCUGAUGCUAGUCAACAUCUUGAGUUGCAUCGUUGGCGCUCUGUCUGAAGUCCUAGUGCAAAUGACCGUCGCGGAUAUGUUCUUUGUACACGAGAGAGGACUUAUGAACACGUUAUAUUUCUGGGUGUCGACUGUGGGAGUCAGUCUGGCGCCACUGGCUGGCGGGUAUAUUACUCUUGCCCAGGGCUGGCGCUGGGUGUGGUGGUGGAUGGCCAUUUUGUUCGGAGUCGGGCUAGUCGCCUUUGUCUUUUUCUACGAAGAGACGAUGUUUUGUGUGCCAUCUAUUGAUGGAAUUCCUGUUGCUGACAAGAUGGCACCCCAGUCGGCUUCAGCGAAACAGAAAUUGGCAGCCUCUGACUCGAAGGGAGAUCAAAAUGGCCCGCUUCCCCAGAUCGUACAAGUUGAACCUGUGCGAAUUGAUUACUCAAUCCCAAAGAAGUCAUACUGGAAGAAAUUGGAGUUAUGGACCAAUUCCCCAAUGUCUUUCGUUGACUUGUUGAAGCACAGCUACCAGCCUUUUCUAAUCAUGUUCAGCAUUCCAGCAGUCUUCUUCAUGGCCCUGGAGUAUGGAAUCAUGACUGCCUGCACAACAGUACCGGUGACUACCCUCUCAUCGGUCAUGACUCUCCCACCCUACAAUUUUGGUUCCGCUCAGAUUGGCCUAAUGGGACUUCCACCAUUUAUUGGCACUAGUCUGGCAACCAUAAUCUGUGGCCCAUUGAGCGACAGAAUUGCGCUUCGACUUGCGAAGAGAAAUGGGGGAGUGUUUGAGCCCGAAAUGCGCCUCUGGCUUUGCUUAAUAUUUUUGCCUAUGGUUCCGGCGGGCCUCUUCAUGUUUGGAAUAGGCCUGAAUAAUGGAUCUCAUUGGCUUCUUCCAGCAUUUGGGCUGGGGAUCAAUGCAUUCGGCGUGGUUCCUGCCAGCAGUGCCGCGCUCACUUACCUGACCGAUGCAUACACAGACAUCAUCGCUGAUUCAAUUGUCGGAGUCACUUUCAUCCGUAACUUGAUCUCUACAAUUUUCGUCUUCGCCCUGUCACCAUGGGUCGACCGUGUUGGAUUGACAUGGUUUUACGUGACAUUUGGCUUAAUCGUCACUUCCAUCAUGCUUGGGAAUAUUAUAUUCAUCUACUUUGGAAAAGCCUUCAGAGUUCGUUCCACAGGAAAAUAUCGCUAUUUCAGCGCAGAGAAACUCGGAGCAGCGUGA